CUUUACGUGCGAGUUUGUUUGUAGUUCACAUAAUCUUGCGAUCUUUAGAAUCUAUAUUUUCGCCUCGGUCGACAUUUUGCAUACAAAGUACAUACGAAGUAAAGGGUAAAAAUAUAGGGUCAUUGAGGUUGAAAGUGCUCAAUUCAGGUCACUCAAUAUUUUGUUUCAUUUAUUGCUUGUAACCGGAAACUAACUAGCUAACUUUGUCUGCUUUUACUUUGUUUCAAGAAAGUGGGGACAUUAGGCUUUAAUUAAUAUCUCAUCCGGCGUCCAAUCUCCCCCGUCCCAUGAAUAGCAUUGUGCAUACACUCACACUCUUCACAGCUUUCUCUGGUCCCAGAGAGCACUCAAAUCGGAGUUUGUUCUAAAUUCAUACAGUCGUCAUAACGAAGGGAAUGAAUAGUUGGCUGUUUCUCUGUGACUACAACAAUUAUUAAACAUUUCACCUUUCUCGUUAAGUAGGCAGCAUGGCAUGUUUCAUCCGACUAUUAACAUCAAACGGUGUGAUGGUACACUGGAGCCCAACUUUUGAGGUAAAGUCGACUUCCAACUGCGAUAUUUAGAUUUGAGAUGAUUAAGAAACAGUUGAAGAAAAGGAGGUUGUUGUCGUCUUUGUGUGGCCAUUAUAAUGGCACCACCACUGCCGACACACCAAACCAACACCGUGCUUUCUUUGUGUGUGGCUGGUGGGGCAUGCAUAAGAAGGAGCGUUGAAUGAGUGAAGCUCGAGGUGCUGCUGCUACCCUCGCACUUACUUUUCCUCUUUUCUCUCCUUGUCCAGUUUAUUUUGUUUAUUAGCAAAAGUUAAAACUAAAAUCUUGUUUCCGAAGAAAGUGCUUCCAACUCGUCGUGCUUCCAGCUGGCUUCCGUUCACUCCUUUUCUCUCCAGAGCUUCUCUCAUUGUGAAAUGUUUGCCAAGUCUUUGUAAUUAUAUUACACCCGACCAGCAGCACCAGCAGCAGCACCACUACCACCAACACUCACUUUAUAUGUACAUAUACGACGAACAUGCAAUGCUGUGCGCUUUCUAUAAACUCUUGCACCCACCAAGCCAACCAAUUCAAAUGUUUACUUUGUACUAUUCAAAGUAACCUAAAUACGAACUUUAUUUAUGUUCGAUUCAACUCGUAGCAGAUUUACCCACUCUUCUUCUGGUACAAUAACAAGUAAAGAAGAAAAGUAUCUCACCACCAUCCCAACAACUACAGAGUUUUCGGUGUUUUGCUUUCCUCCACCACGGCCUCAGCCAGAGAGCCACGACCAUUCUCCUUGUCCACCUUUCGACCUUUUCACUCAGACAUCUAGACUUGCUUUUAUUUAGUACUUUGUCAGCCUGCCCUUCCAGCUAGCUGGAAGGAAUGAAAGAACUGAAAUAAGUUAUUUUCUAUCCAAGGACUGAUUCGAUUCAGCAUUUUCAUUUCAUUGAUAAAGUGAAUGAGAUUUUGCGUGUAUUUCAUCCCAAGGAGUUUUAUGUCUAUCAGAGGAGCAAAAUACCUCGUUAUUGCACUACACAUAUAGUUUGGUCAGGAGAAAGAUAUAGAAAUGGGAAGGAUUCGUGUGUGUGUGGGUUCCACUUGGGCAGCUUGAGCAGCAACCAAUCUAUUCAGCCUCUUUCCCAUACAACUUAUUCAGUCUUUCAUUGGCAGUCUCGACUUGUGCCCACACGGCUGAUAUAUAGCUUAUGAGAAAGUUCAAGGAGAGAAAGGAUUGAGAUAAAAUAAAGCACGGAGGAGAAGGAGGAAACUGGAAGGAGUCUGCAUGGGUGAGAAGUCGGUGUCCAUCCAUCCAGGGGAAAAGCGAGGCAGAGGAAGCAGAGUUUUUUCAGAGAAAGAGAGAGAAAAAAACGAAGGUGGUAAGAAGAAGCUUCGCCCAGCUUUCUCCGCUUGCCUUGGUCGUCCUUCUCGUCGUCGUCCUCGUCGUCACAUGUGAGUUGAGGAGGCAGGCGAGUUGGGGGGAAGAGCUUCUUGGAGGAGGAAGGAAAGUAGAUUGCUUUGGCCCAAUAUUUGCCUCGAGAGAAGGAGACGGAUGGAGAGCAGGCGAUGGAUAAAAGUCAGAACCACUGAGCUCAACUCGCUGGAUUCCUUGGCGAACCUCGGUCCGUGGUGCAACUCAGAUCUCUCUCGUUCUCUCACUUUCUCACUUUCUCCGCUCGAUAUCAAUAUCGGAUUUCUGGACAAAAGUGAAUCAUUAUACGCUCGCUCGCUCGCUACCUCGGAUCAUCGCACAUUACUAAAAAUAACUUAUUUACUCGUUUUUUUUUUGUUUUUACUCGAGAGGGAGAAACUAAAUACCUGGUCCGCGGUGUAAUAGAUAGUGGUGAAAAAGGACGAAGUGAAAUCGUGGUAGCUAAUGGACAGAGAAACAAAAUAUCACCAAAUUCACUGGACUUUUGUGAGUUGCUUGUUUGUUAGUGGUGGUGGUAGGACACUUGGCAUGGUGUGCACUUGCUACUAGUCGAGAAGCACACAAUCUGACUCCCUUCAAUAUUAUCCGAUCGGUUGUCGGUAGAGAAAAUCCAUAACAAACAAGGACUCUCAUUCUAAUCUCCAAAUCGAAAAGUGAACUCCACUGUUCUCUCUCCAGCCAGAUUGGGUCUGGAGUCUUACCACACAUUCGGAUGGGAAAGGAGUGUGAGAGACAAAGUCCAAAAUCUAUCUGUGGAUGCCGGAUGGGACACCGCUUCUUCUACUGCUGCUGUAAUAAUAACGGGCGAGUCUUCCGCUGCCAAAUCUACUACUGUUAGUACUUUAUACCAUCUCGAAUCGACAUGCUCACUGUAAUCUCUCUAUACCUAUUUGCGAGACAAUUUCCUUUUCUGUGGUGAAUUGGAUGUGGUGUUGCCUUUUACGUUUCUCACCGCUAGCAGUGUCACCCUGACUGGAUGCCAUGUCACACACAACCACCAAAUCACUAGUGCAGAGAGCCACUGAGAUCAGAAGUCAGUAGCCAAUAUUCUGUCCAUUUGUCGUCGUCGUCGUUGUCGCCAACUUUACUUUCCCACACAGAGCGGUACGAGUUGGAGUACCUAUAAUAUUGGACAGUAUAGUACAACAUAAUCAUCCAACUGGCUCUUUUUGCUCUGCCAUCACCAUCAUCAUCAUCAGUCUAUUUAGAAAGUGUGGUACGCUUGAGUGACUGAGUGAGGCGUCUGGCGCAAUCAUCACCGCAGAUAUUGGACGGCUGACGGAACGAGAUUGCUUGGCAGUUGGCAAUCGUCAAAGAGAAAGUGGGGAAAGCAAGGUGCAGAGAGCAAGCAGUUUUAAGCUGCAAAUUGAAAUUGAAAACGAAGCUUUUAUCUGUCAUGUCUAUUCAGCAGUCUGAGCAACUAGCAUGGACGUCGUCAGCAUCGCACUGGUGGUGAAAGUGGGAUACGAAGUGAAUUACACCGUCCUAGAUUAAGACAUGAAUGAAAGGGAAAGUCAGUCAGUGCGAGACGGCUCCUGUAUCUUGACUCCUCUCUGAAAAAAAAGACGAGAUAAAGAGAGACUUUUUUGAGACAAACUUUUUUCUGUGUAAAUAGCGAGAGACACGCACACACGGCCAUCACCACAUUUUAUCUCUGCAGACUUUUGUGAGAAUUUAAUUUUAUUUGAUUUUUUGUAUCUCGACGAGUAGAACGGAGGAAUGAGAACGGUAAUGCUGUCCAAGUGGGCUGGCAACUUUGCCGGCAAGUUUUUGCUGGUCGCAGCCAUGGGCGUCAUUGGUCUGAUGGUCUACUGGCAACACAAACUACUCACUCUGGAAGAACAGCAGAAAUACAUUGGAGCAAAGUUGGGGAUCGUGACCAAGACGAAUGCAAACAAUGGCGGUAGUUCAGGGCGGCUCGGCAGCAGUGGCGUUGGUGGUGGUGCUGAUGGUGGAACGUUUGGGGCUAUCAACGCUUAUGAUUCUAUUGAUGGAAGUCCCAACGAUGACUCUCCAGACUUGUCAGUAAUUAUUUACAAUCGCAUUCCCAAAACAGGAUCCACGUCACUCAUGGGCAUUGCGUACGAACUUUGUUCCAAGAAUUUAUUUUCUGUGAUUCAUCUCAACACGACGAAAAAUAGUCACGUGUUAACUCCUGCAGACCAAAUUCGUUUCGCCCAAAAUAUUUCGAAUUGGAUGGAGAGAAGGCCGGCCAUAUAUCAUGGCCACUUGGGCUACCUUGAUUUUGACUCUUUGGGAGUGAAUCUCAGACCUUUGUAUAUCAAUGUGGUUAGAGACCCAUUAGAGAGACUGAUCUCAUACUACUACUUCCUGCGAUUUGGUGAUAAUUUUAGACCGGAGGUGGUGAGGAAACGCAAGGGCAAUAAAGAGACAUUCGACGAAUGUGUCACUCGCGGAGGGACGGACUGUGAUCCGGUCAAUUUGUGGAUGCAAAUUCCAUUUUUCUGUGGUCACCACUCGGCGUGCUGGGAACCAGGAAAUACAUGGGCUUUACAACAGGCGAAGGCGAACUUGGCCAAGUCGUAUUUCCUCGUUGGGACAACUGAGAAUAUUCUCGAAUUUGUUACCCUGCUGGAAGCAUCCCUUCCUCGUUUCUUUCGCGGUGCCUUGAAACUUUUUAAUUCAGAUGGAAAGUCACAUCUGAGGAAGACGUUCGGGAAACAGCUCCCCAGCAAGGACACAAUCAAGGCGAUCCAUAAGUCUAAAAUUUGGCAAAUGGAACAAGAUUUUUAUAUGUUUGCCAAAAAGAAUUUCAACUCAAUUAAAAAACGAGCUCUUCCAACCGACGGGAGUACAUUCAUCCCACAGCAGUUUCGCUUUGAGAAAAUACGUCCAGGACUACGCUGAAUCUUUUAUGGUUGUAUGUAAUAAGUAAUAACUCUGGAUUUCGACUUUUGCCAUCUUUGAUCAACUCAUUUUGUCAUCGUACACUCAACCUAAUAUUUAUCAGAGUAGAUACUCCUACAGUCUGUCUUCACCGCAAUUAUUCAGUCAAUUAACGAAAUUUUGACGACUUAACUUAUGUACGUAUAUAUUGUUGCAAAUCUAUUCCUACAAAACUAUCAUAUUAUUGUUAGUAGUAUCGUUCCCCAAAUGUGUACUAAGAUAAUGACCAAUAACCUUGUUUUACUGUAAUAUUGUUAUGAUUUUCAAACACAAGGAACAGAAAUUACAAAAAAAUGCUCAAUUUUAAACAUACAGUUCUCAACAUGAGCGUGUAUUUAAAAUGGCAUAAAUAUCACUUCUUGAAAUCAUAUCAAAAUUAAAUAUAUGACUCUUGAUCCCGAGGAAAUGUCCCUUUUUCGACGACAAAUCAUUGUAUAUCUGAUAUAGCAAUUGUCAUACAUAUAAAUAUACCACAAAAGCGACUGCGACUGGCAGUUUUAUCAAUUUACCGUUCACGGGAAAAAUAAGACUCGAUGCAACAUUAUCAGAUAGACUUACCUGAAGUAAUAAUAAUGAUAAAAAUACGCUGAUGAACCUACGUACUCAUUUUAUUUUCGUAGAGAGAUGCAAAUGUACCUUAUGAAAUCGAAUCAAGUAUGGAAUGAAUGCAUGUAGAUCACUGAACUGAA